AUGGUAACGCCGAUUGAGUGGGCAUCACCUAUAGUCAUUGCAAUUAAAUCUAAUGGAAACGUACGUAUUUGUGCUGAUUUCAAAGUAACGAUCAACCAGCAUGUACAAGUUGAUGACUACCCCUUACCAAGGUUUGAGGAAAUUACAUCCAAAUUAGCUGGGGGUCAAUUGUUUACAAAAAUAGACCUUAAAGACGCCUACCUUCAAUUAUUGGUACACCCGGACUCCAGGAAGUACUUAACGAUCUCAACACACAAGGGUUACUUCCAGUAUAAAAGAUUACCCUUUGGUAUAUCUUUUGCACCAGCAGUUUUUCAAAGAACCAUGCAUCAAAUCCUAAGUGGGCUGGAUGGUGUUGUAUGUUACCUCGAUGACAUUUUGAUAACGGCGGAAAACCGACAUGAGCACAUAAAACGAGUCAGAACAGUCUUACAAAGGCUACAAGAAGCAGGUAUUAAAAGUCAGAUAACUAAAUGUUUCUGGUUACAGGAGAGUGUAACUUUCCUUGGUCAUAAGAUUGAUAAAAACGGUUUACACCCAACAUCGGAGCGAGUUGAAGCUAUCAAAAAAAUGCCAACUCCAAUGAACGUGGCCGAAUUAUGA